AUGGGUCUCACCAACUACGCCCGGCUUGCCCUCCUCGGCACGGCCCUCUUCUUCGCCGGCCCCGCCCAAGCCGACUUUGGCUUCACCCCCUGCAUCGACGACUGCGUAGCCUCGAACGGCUGCGAGGCCUACGACGAAAAGUGCGUCUGCAAGGAAGCCAACAGCCUCCUUCUCAACUCCGUCGUGUCCUGCAUGUACUUCAACUGCAAAAACGACCUCCGCGACGCCGACGACACCUUCCUGUCCCCCAUCAGCAACGGUUGCAGCAACAUCCCGGAGCGCAAGCUCGACGCCGCCGCUAGCUUGGCCAGCAGCUACUCCAGCAAGCUGCCCGCGGCCACCUCGGCCAAGCCCAGCCCCACGCACGACGCGCCCUCGACGUCGGACAAGCCGCACUCCCCGUCGACGUCCGACAAGCCCGAGCACUCCCCGCCUGUCCCGCCCAAGCCGUCCGCUACCACGUCCAACGUUGCCGGGCCUUCGACCUCUGCCGCCGCUGGUGGCGCGGCCUCGAGCAGCGCGGCCCAGACUACUCUUGUCACUUCCGUGACGCCCACUGAGACCUCGUCCUCGCCAGCCGAAUCGACUACCUCGUCUAAUGAAGGCUCCGGCAGCAACCACAACACCAACCCGUUUGGUUCCUCCGGCGAUGAUUCUGCUGGUGCGGCGAUCCGCCCCCUUUUCGCACUGUUGGCCCUGCCCGCGGCUGUGGUUGUUGGCUUCGCCUUCGGCCAGUAA